AUGGCCGCCGACCCCGAGGACCCGGCGCCGAGCAAGGUCUCGGUCCAUGUCCGCCGUGACGAGCUUGCCCCCGUCCAGUCGGACCCCGAUGCCAACCUGACCCUGUGGCAGGCCAUCAAGAAAUGGCGUCGCGUCGUCCUCUACUGCGUCGGCCUGACCUCGGGCAUUCUCAUGUUUGGCUAUGACUAUGUCAUUGUCGGCACUACCUCCGCCAUGCCCAGCUUCCAAAAGGACUUUGGCGAGCGCCUCGACGGCAGAUGGAUCCUCCCUUCUCUCUGGCUCGGCCUCUGGACCCUGGCCAGCCCCGCCGUCUCCAUCCCGAGCUCCCUCGCGGCCGGCUGGUUCCAGGACUGCUACGGCCGCCGCGCCUCCCUCGCCCUCGGUUCCUUUCUCUCCGCCGGCGCCGUCGCCGUCUGCUACGUCUCCAAUCUGCCCCCCAGCAUUGGCCAACGCCGUGGCGUCUUCCUCGCCGGCAAGGGCUUUCAGGGCGGCGCCAUCGGCAUCGUCAUGACCACCACCCAGACGUACAUGUCCGAGAUUGUCCCCCCCAUCCUUAGGGGUCCCCUGCUCGCCUUCUUCCCCAUCUUCGCCCUGCUGGGCCAGCUCAUCGGCGCUGCCGUCAUAUUCGGCUGCCUCGAUGUGGAAAACGGCUACGUCCUCUGCUUUGCCUCCCAGUGGCCCUUUUCCGCCGUCCCCUUAUUCAUGGCCCUUCUCAUCCCUGAGAGCCCCACGUUUCUGGUUCGCGAGGACAAGCUGAAGCAGGCCUAUAAGGCCCAGGAACGCCUGAGCUCCGACGAUGCCGACGCCCGCAAGACCAUUGAAGCCAUCUGCCGCAACAUUGAGCACGAGAAGAAGACGACUAGGGCCAGGUACAUUGACUGCUUCCGCGGCACCAACUGUCGUCGCACCCUCAUCGUCAUGUUUGCCAGCAUCUUGCCCCAGAUGUUUGGCUUGACCCUGCUGGCCAAGGCAAGCUACUUCGUCCAGGUCGUCGGCAUGAGUUCUACCACCAGCGUCCUCGUCCUCAUCCUCGGUCUCGUGUGCGGCUUGCUGGCCAAUCUGUCCAGCAUUUGGAUCUCGUCCCGUAUUGGGCGGAGACGCCUCAUCCUUAUAAGCCUUGCCAUCAUCACCGCCCUGUGGGCUGCCAUGGGCAUCGCAGGCAUUUGGAAUGGGCCAGCCGUAGUCUGGUACACCGCCAUAACUCUGAUUCUGGUUGUCGUGGUCGCGGGGCUGGGCGUAUGGCCAUCUUCCUACGCCGUCGGCUCCGAAACCUCGUCGCUGCACUUGCGAGCCAUGUCACAGGGCGUUGGCUGGCUGACAUCGGGCUUCGGCGCUGGCCUCUUCGGGUUUGUGCUCCCAUACAUCUUCAACCCGGACAAGGGCAAUCUCAAGGCAAAGACGGGCUUUGUGUUUGCGGGCUUGUGCGCCAUUGCCUUUGUCAUUUCCUUCUUUUGCGUGCCUGACAUGAAGGGGCGCACGGCGUCUGAGAUUGACCGCAUGUUUGAGUUUCGGCUGCCGACCAGGCAAUUUCGCAAAUGGACCAACCAUGACGAUGCCUCGACCCGAGGGAUGAUCCGUGAUGUGGAAGGCCCAGUAUAA